AUGUAUGUGACGAGGCCUCUUUCAGCGUACAGGAACUCUCCGGCGGCGGCGGCCUGUGAGGUCGAGCCGGAGGGUCCAAAUACAGGCGUUUUGGUGAUCGAAGACGAAGCUUCUGAGUCGAAAUGGCUGUUUGGGUUGCUCAAGAGACGGUCCGUGAAGGCGCUGCCAUUCCCUCAGAACAUGAUAAUGGAGCUUCGCUAUACUCGAAAUGAAGGAGAGCAUCAACGCAUUGAUCGAUUAAAUGCUUUGCUUAUACCCGUUUUGAAUCAACCAUCGUCGUCUAAUCAAUAUUAUGUUAUCAGAUCGCGUGGCCGAUCAAAAGGGCUAGCAUGCACGAGUUCGAAGGAAGAAGACAUGACGAGCUGCGGUUGCUUCACGUUUACUCACGACACGACACCGCAACUCUUCGACCCAACAAAUGCAUACCAACAAUUCCAACUGGACAAGAACAUGAGUUGUCUAGGUCCAUGUGGUUUCAUGUCCCACUCCAUGGCACCAGACGGGGUUCCCCCACGUUUCUUAAGACACAAAGGCUGGAGAGCAUAUACCAAACCUCUCAAGAAUUUCAAGCCAACACAGGCGCUCGGCCUCGACGUCGCAUUACGAGGCCGCCUCCCGGGGCUGAACUUGAAGCCGGUGGUGGUCGGGAAAUGGUAUUGCCCAUUCAUCUUCGUUCGAGAAGGAGAGGUUGGUGAUCAGAUGAGAAGCUGGCCGUAUUAUGAAAUGACGCUGGAACAGCAUUGGGAAGAGGUGUUUGGAUGCUACAACGAAGGAGGGUUGGUUGGGAAUGGGGUGGAGGUGGAUGUUUGUGUGAGGAGGCAGGGGGUUUUUGUUGGUGGGGUGGCGGCGGAGAGAGUGGUGGUUGACGGCGGGGUUAUGUGGUUUGGUGAGAGGGAGGUGGGGGUGAGCACGGCGGUGGUGGAGAGGGUGAAGUGGGAGGAGGAGAGAGGUGGGUUUAAAUGGGGAGCACAUGAGGAGGUGGAGAGAGUUGUGAGAAGAGAGGCGUUUGAAGGGUUGGGAGUGUGGAGGAGAUUUGGGUGUUAUGCUUUGGUUGAAAGGUUUGUGCUUAAAAGAAUGGAUGGAAGUGUUGUUCUUACUUGGGAUUUUACUCACACUCAUCAAAUUAGAAUCAAAUGGGAAUAA